CGCAUGGCUGUCGGCUACCCGGAUGGGGGCAUCAGCAACAACAUGGCACUGGCAUUUCAGCCCGGGGCAGUCUUGGAUGCUGGGGGAGUUGGGUACCACCCUGACAAUGCCACCGCCAGCUGGACGGUCCCUGCAAUGCCGCAAGCAAAGCGGCCAUACACAAACGAUGCGCUGGCAUUCCUGACGAUACCUGAGCUGGGUGCGCUGCUGCGGAGCAAGGCCAUCACCUCCAUGGAGCUGACCCAGUUGUACCUGUCCAGGCUGAGACGGUAUGAUCCGUACUUGGAGUUUGUGGUGACCUACACAGAGGAUCUUGCCUAUUCCCAGGCAGCUCGAGCUGACAGGAUGUUUUCAGAGGGUGUGGAUCUGGGGCCACUCCAAGGCAUUCCAUAUGGCCUGAAGGAUUUGAUUGCAGUGGAGGGCUACCGGACCACCUGGGGUGCUCCAGCCUACAUGGACCAGGUCCUUGAGGGCAGCGCUAAUGUGUACAAGAGGCUUCAGAAGGCAGGAGCGGUUCUGGUAGCAAAGCUGGCGACAGGGGAGAUGGCGUUUGAUGAUGUGUGGUGGGGCGGCAAGGUCAAGAACCCCUGGAACCUCGACGAGGGGUCCUCCGGCUCCUCGGCUGGUCCUGCUGCAGCUGUGGUGGCUGGAGCAGUGGCUUUUGCGGUUGGCACUGAGACAGAGGGGAGUCUGAUGGCCCCGGCUGAGCGCACUGGAGCAACGGCAUUGCGGCCAAGCUUUGGGCUGAUCGGCCGUUCUGGGGUCAUGUCGCUUGUCGAUUCUCUGGACAAAGUGGGGCCUUUCUGCAGAGCUGCUUCAGACUGUGUCCUGGUCCUGGAUGUCCUGAGAGGAAACGAUGUGGAUGACAUAGCUUCACAGGAUGUGAUGCUGCCAAGCCCGUUCGAUGUGAAUGUGUCCAACCUCUCAAUUGGGGUCCUGCCGAGCGUGCAAGACUUUUCUGCCGAGUUCACGGCAAUUCUCGCGAGCAAGGGCGUGACAGUGAAGCCAUUCACUCUAAACUACACCACGCCUGCAAAUGACAUCAUCCUGACCAUUAUGGCCACCGAAGCGGCGGCAAACUUUGACUAUUGGCAGCGGUCUGGAAGAGAUGACACCAACCGGCGGCAGGACUUCUGGCCGCCACUCUUGCGCCUGGCUCGCAUGAUUCCUGCUGUGGAAUACAUUCAGGCACAGCGAGCAAGGACAAUGCUCGUGAAGGAGGUAGUAGACCUCAUGCAAGCUGCAGGCAUUGAUGCCUUUAUUGGGAACGCGAGCGAGGAGCUUGCUCUAGCUAACCUUGUGUCGAUGCCCACCCUGGCAUUGCCUGUGGAAUUUGAUGAGCUCCCAAAUGUACGGAACAGCAGCCGCCGACAUCCACUCUCCAUCGGCAUCUUUGGGACGCCCCUUUCUGAUGCAAAUGUUCUGGCGCUUGGGAUGGCUUUCCAGCAGAGCACAAAUUACCACUUGCUGCAGCCGCCGGUCGACCAAGUGGAGCCGGCCAUCCUUGCAAAGUGCAUGCCGUACAGCCGCUGCGGCCUGCCUCAGACCGUGCUGGCGGCACUUAGCAACCCCGGCAACAGCAGUGCACCUGCACCCUCUGCAGGCGCUUCCUCCAAGGCCGCCUUAUCAGGGCGAUGACACUAUACUCCUGCUGCAACAGGCCGGAUAUUUAUUUUGUUACAGGAGAGCUCUGGGGCAUGCAGCCAAUUUUAUGGACUGCAUGUCAUCUGGUUCUGUCAUUAUAAUCAGCUGAUGCCUCAGGUACCAUGCUUCUGUGUUCCGGACUGGGUUCGUGUGGAGUCUUGGUACCUUAUUUGUAUUCAAUAUUGGUGUAUCAUUACGUCCCAAAGCUCCUCCCGUAUUGCAUAUUGAUGGACCCUCCGUCGCUGUGCAUCGUGCGCACUGCAGGGUCACGAUAGAACUGAACAUGGAACAGCGCUAGCUUUCAGUGCUGAGCGGGUUAUGCAUUAGGUCCAUACCCCACUGGAGAUCUGUGAGUAUUGUGACUUCUAUGGAGACUCAUCUGUCUCGGUCAAAAUGGAAUUGUAACUGGCUCUUGAGGGGCCCACACAU